AUGGAAAAACCGUUCUCGCGCACCGACGAGCUCAAGGCCCUCGCGCGCCUCGCGACGCCGAUCCUCUUUUCGAACCUCGCCAUGUUCGGCAUGUCGAUGACCAUGCUCAUGGUCGCGGGGCACCUCGGAUCGGCGCAGCUCACAGCGGUCGCGUACGCCCAAAUGCUCUUUGACAUUACGAUCCUCAUCUUCGCCUCCGGCUUCAUCGUGGGCCAAGCGACGCUCUCGGCCCAAGCCUUUGGCGCCAAGAACCUCGUCUUGAUCGGCCGCUACUGCCAAAUGAACUGUCUUUGCGUCACGCUCGCGUGCAUCCCGAUUGGCGCUCUCUGGUGGUUUGCGGGCGACGUUCUCCGGGUCGCCGGCAUCUCGCACGAGACUGCGGCCUAUGCGGCCCAGUACGCCCACUACUCGACGCCGUGGCUCCUCCCGCGACUCCUCUUCCAGGUGCUCAGCGUCUACUUCAAGUCGAUGCAAAACGUCAUGCCGGCGGCCGUCUUUGCCGUCAUCUUCACCAUUCUCAACGCCGGCCUCAGCGUCGCCUUGGCCCACGGCGUGCCUGCUAUCGGGCUGCGCAGCUUUGGCCUCGCGGGUGCGGCCGCGUCCAUGACCUUUACGCACUACGCGCGGACGCUCUCGUUCGCGUAUUACAUGUUCCAGGUCCGCCAGCUCCACGCGACGUCAUGGAGCUGGGACCGGUCGUUCCUCAAUGCCAAGCAGUACUUUGUACCCAUGGCCAAGGUCGGCGGUCCCAUGAUCAUCGGCCAGUUUGUCGAGACGCUCCAGCUCCAGACCAUGUCGAUCUUUGCGGCCAUGACGAGUGAGGUCGCCCUCGGCGCCAACAACUCGAUGAUGGAGCUCAUCUUCUUCCUCACGUCGCCCAUCUACGGCAUGAUCGACGGCGGCUCGACGCGCAUGGGCAUGCAUCUCGGUGCGGGCCAUCCCCAAGCAGCCAAAGCCACGAGUCUGCUCGUACUUGCGGGGAUCGUGACGCUCUCGGUUGGCAUCGUGGUGCCGUGGUUCUGCGCGCGCAACGUGAUUGGGCACUUGUUCUCGACCGACGCGCAUGUGAUCGCGACCAUGACGUCGAUCAGCACGCUCGCCGCCGUCGGCUACAUCAUCAUGUCGCUCUUCUACUACGCCAUGGCAACGCUGCAGGCGCAGGCGCGGACACUGCCCAUCAUGGGCUCGUUCCUCAUUGGCGCGUGGGUCGUUGGCGUCCCUGGCGCAUACGUCUUUGGGUUUCCCGUCGAGAUGGGUCUUCUCGGCAUCUGGAUCGGUAUGGCUGUGGGCUACUUGGUCACGACCGUGCUCGGCGUCUACUUUACGUGCACGUCCAACUGGGAGAAGGAGGCGAAGAAGGCCGCGGCGCGCUGCAAGGCCCGCGGCGGCGAUGACACGGAGUUUGUCGUGAUCGAGAUCGCGCCCAAGUCGACACAGACGCGACUGCCGAUGCUCGUCAUCGAGGAGAGCGUCAAGGGCAUGGACUUUCCGACACCCAACAUCGUGCGCUACGAACACUCGUAACGCGAGUAACAUACUAGUAGAGGAGUUAAUAUAUUUGGACAAUAACGUCCAUCGAUUGGAA